AUGUCGUCCCGUACUCAUUACUUUCAAACUCAACACCAUUCUCCAAGCCAAGCGCAAUCGCAAUCGCAAUCGCAGCCACAAUCUCAUCAACAUCUGCGACCUCUCCGCCAGUCGCAUACAAUCGACUUCGCCUCCAACUCCAACAUCUCACCGUCUCUCCUCAACCGCUUCCCCUCGACAACGUCAUCCUCCGCUUCAUCAGGCUACUCCCACGCCUCAGACCACAGCCUCAAUAGUCAAUAUACGUCGGCCUCUAGUUCGGCUGGUAACGGAGCUACAGUGCAUGGCCACAAGCGAGCACAGAGCGAUGUCAGGGCAAGGGCAAAGACCUUUGAAGCUGGAGAAAAUAUGACCUCAAAGAAAGCUCCCGAAAAUAUCUAUAGCUCAGCUCGGCAUUCUCUUCGCCCACUCCCACAGGCUCCAGCAUCCACACCUCCUUCAACACCUCCCCAUGCAGUCCCUCGCCAUGAUCGCGGUAAGAGCGUCGAUAUUGGCAAGCUCUCAAUGGCGCACAUUGAUGGUCGCUCGUCGCCAACAAAAACAUCAACUUCACCAGUCAAGACGUCGCCAGUAAAAACGUCAUCACCUUCUCGCCCGCUACCGAUGCGACCAAAUUCUAUGCUGCUCACUCGAUCCGACACGUUUCUGCCACCAGAAGCUACCCAAGCUCCUUCAUCACCCCAUCAUGUGCAUAGCACGCACAUAGCUCGGGAUGAGUUGGAAGGAUUGGGCAAGUCUUCCACAAGUCAAUUAAGGACGCUUUCGCGUCUUGUAUCGUCCGACUCACCUGAAGACUUCACCAUCACCUCACCUGCGCAAGAAGUUGUUGGCUUGCGCGGUCGACGAAGAUUGCAACGAGCCGAUAGGAGUAAUGGCGGCCAAAGCCAGAAGUCAACUGGCUACAGUUGGGAAGGGCGCAACUGGAUGGACAAACAGCGCCAGUUCCUUCAAGCAUACGAAUACCUUUGCCAUAUCGGUGAAGCCAAGGAAUGGAUUGAGGAUGUCAUCCAUAAAUCUAUACCUCCCAUUGUUGAGCUUGAGGAGGCGCUCCGUGAUGGUGUCACCCUCGCAGAAGUGGUCGAAGCUCUGAACCCAGAUCGACGCUACCGAAUCUUCCAACACCCCAGGCUCCAAUAUCGACACUCCGACAAUAUUGCUAUCUUUUUCCGAUACCUUGACGAAGUUGAGCUGCCCGAUCUGUUUCGCUUCGAGUUGAUUGAUCUAUACGAGAAAAAGAACAUACCCAAGGUUAUCUACUGUAUUCAUGCUCUGAGUUGGCUUCUAUUCCGCAAGGGCAUAGUCGACUUCAGGAUAGGCAACCUCGUCGGUCAGCUUGAAUUCGAACACCAUGAAUUGGAAGCUAUGCAGAAGGGCCUCGAUAAACUCGGCGUUACAAUGCCUAGUUUCGGAAAUAUGAGUGCCGACUUUGGUGUUCCUGAGCCCGAGCCUGAACCAGAAGAGACUGAGGAGGAAAGGAUCGAAAGGGAGUUGAGAGAAAACGAAGAGUCCAUCGUUGAUAUGCAGGCACAAAUCCGAGGUGCUCUCCUACGUGUUAAGCUUGGUGAGACAAUGCAGACUCUUUGGGAUGAGGAGGAGUGGUUAAUAGACCUUCAAUCUCGCAUUCGAGGAGACUUUACACGACAAAUCAUGGACUAUCGACUGCAAAUGAAGCGCUUUGCUAUCCAGCUGCAGAGCUCAGCACGUGGAUUCUUGGCACGAAGAAGGUUGGAUCGGCGCGACCAGAUCCUGGAAGCGCUGGAGCCCGAUAUUUUGGAGUUACAAACCAUGAUCAGGGCCAACAAGGCUCGAAACCAGGUACGAAAUGUGACUGCUCAGCUUGCGAAGUGUAGAGGGCCCAUCAGGGAGAUCCAAGCAAUCUCCAGGGGCUUUUUGGCCCGCAAGAGCCAUGUUGCGCAAUACCAAGAGACUAAGAAAUCUUCUGGUAUUGUCGAGAAGCUGCAAGCAGCAGCCCGUGGAGCUUUGCUACGAGGCAAAGUCGACCAGGAUCUUGAAGAUUUGGAGGCGGAAUCCCCAGCGAUUGUUGACCUGCAGGCGGCGGCGAGGGCAUUGCUGACUAGAACUCAGGUCAACCGCGAGCAGCAGCAUCUACGCUCCUUUGGACCCCAAUGGAAGAAGCUUCAGGCCUUUGCCCGUGGAUUCCGCGCUCGUCAGGACGACAUGGCUCUAAGAUCUGAGCUCAACAAGCAUAGCCCUGCGAUUGAGCAACUUCAAGCUCUAGCUCGCGGACUCUGUGUUCGCCAGAAUGACCGAGCACUACGAGCUGAACUGGGCCAACACGCCCCAGCAGUGGAACGACUUCAAGCUUUUGCCCGUGGACUCCGCGCUCGCAAAGACAACAAGGCAUUAAGAGCUGAGCUUAACAAGCACACGACUGGUGUUGAGCAGCUUCAAGCCUUUGCUCGCGCCGCUGCUGUGAGGAGAGAUGUUGCCGAUACUCUCGAUGCUCUUAAGGAGAACGAACCUGCAUUCAUUGGCCUCCAAGGUCUUAUUAGGGCCAUGCUUGAACGCCAAAGAGUUGCAGCCAUCCUUGAACAGCUCGAAGAGCAAGAACCUCAGGUUACAGCCCUCCAGGGCAACAUUCGGGGAUUCUCGUACCGCCAGCAGCACAAGGCAUUCCUCGACGAGCUUGAAUCUCAUACCCCUAAGAUCAUUGAUCUCCAAAGCAUUUUACGAGCCAUGAUGGAGCGUGCUAGAGUCGAGGAUAUCAUGGCCGAACUGGAGCAAGAGGAGGAAUGUAUUGUUGCCUUGCAGACCGCAGCCCGAGGUUUCAUGGUAAGGGCUCGAUUUGAAGAGAAGAAGCGCUUCUACAACGAGAAUAUGCAGAAGGUCAUCAAGAUCCAGAGUUUUGUCCGUGCCAAGGUUCAAGGUGAGGCUUACAAGAGUUUGACCACUGGCAAGAACCCUCCAGUCAACGCCGUCAAGAACUUUGUCCAUCUUCUUAACGACAGUGACUUCGACUUCAAUGAGGAAAUCGAGUUUGAACGUAUCCGCAAGACAGUCGUUCAACAAGUUCGACAAAAUGAGAUGCUGGAGAACUACAUCGAUCAACUUGAUAUCAAGAUUGCCCUGCUGGUCAAGAACAAGAUUACACUCGACGAAGUCGUGAGGCAUCAGCACAACUACGGAGGUAACUCAAUGCACUUCAUCGCCAACAGCUCCAUGUCUUCUGCCAACCAGUUUGAUCUUAAAGCACUCAACAAGAGCUCGCGCAAGAAGCUCGAAUCCUACCAACAACUCUUCUUCAACUUGCAAACCCAGCCACAGUACCUGGCUCGUCUGUUCAAGCGCAUUCGCGAGCAAGGAACGGCCGAGAAGGAGUGCAAACGCAUCGAGCUCUUGAUGAUGAGUCUCUUUGGUUAUGCUCAGAAACGACGAGAGGAGUACUAUCUGCUCAAGCUGAUCGCUCGAUCAAUUCGCGAGGAGAUUGUGAGUGCGCGAGAUGUUCAGGACUUCAUUCGCGGCAACUUCUUCUGGUCUAAGCUUCUCAACAACUACACUCGCUCACCAAGAGAUCGUAAGUACCUUCGAGAUCUUCUUGGUCCUCUGAUCAGAGACAACAUCGUUGAAGAUCCUGCUCUGGACCUUGAGAGUGAUCCCAUGCAGAUUUACCGAUCAGCCAUCAACAAUACUGAGCUGGCCACCGGUCGACCUGAUCAAAGGCCGCUUGAUGUCCCUCGAGAAGUUGCUAUUCGUGACCCCGAGACUCGCCGCCUCUUCAUCGACCACUUGCGUGAUCUUCGAGAGAUCUGCGACCAAUUUUUCCUCGCUCUUGAGGACUUCCUGCACAAGAUGCCCUACGGCCUUCGAUUUGUCUGCAACCAGAUCUUUGAGAACCUACGACAGCAAUUCAAGCGGGAACCCCCCGAGAACCUUCUACAAGUUGUCUCCAGCUGGCUUUGGCGAUUCUACUUGCAACCGGCAGUUGUUGCCCCUGAAAACGUUGGUGUCAUUGAAAAGGCACUGAGCCCUCUACAAAAGCGAAACCUCAGCGAGGUCGCCAAGGUCAUCAGCCAAAUCGCUUCUGGUCGACCAUUCGGUGGUGAGAACGUGUAUCUGCAACCCCUGAACGCUUUUGUUGCAGAGUCUGUUGAGCGCCUGCACCAAAUAACUAGCGACCUGAUUGCAGUGCCGGAUGCCGAAAGAACUUUUGAUAUUGAUGAGUUCAACGACCUUUACGCCAAGAACAAGCCAACAUUAUACAUCAAGAUGACAGACGUCUUCUCCAUUCACAACCUGGUGGCCGCUGAGCUUCAGACGAUGUGCCCCAGCCGUGACGACGUCCUGCGGGAAAUCAUGCACGACCUCGGCAGUGCUAAGAACAACGAGAACGAGAUGAACGCUGCAGGCUCUUCAGAUAUCCACAUGUUCUUGACACCCAAGCUCCACGAUGUCGACGACCCUGAGGCCGAUGUCAAGGCGCUCUUUAUGGAGACCAAGCGAUGCGUGCUGUAUAUUAUUCGUGUGCAGACUGGCGCCAAUCUCCUGGAAAUUCUCGUCAAGCCCAUUUCUCCAGAGGAUGACCACAAGUGGCGUAUGCUCCUUCGCGACGAGUUCUCUGUUGGCAGCAACACUCGUGGAGCCUACUCUGAUGCCAACAUGAUCGACGUAACACGCAUGACAUACCAAGAGCUCAAGCGCACAGCUUUAGAGAACAUCAUGCGACUCGAGAAGCUGGGACGCAUCACCAAGCAUAACUACUACCAGGAUGUCCUCAACGCCAUUGCGCUUGAUAUUCGCACAAAGAGCCGCAGAAGGGUUCAGCGACAGCGAGAGCUGGAAGGUGUGCGCAUGACACUAAGUAACUUGCACGAGAAGGCCAAGUACCUCGAACAGCAGCGCAAGAGUUACGAUGACUACAUUGAGUCAGCCAUGGCAACCCUGCAGAACAAGAAGGGCCGCAAGAAGUUCUUGCUACCCUUCACCAAGCAAUACAACCACCAGCGUGAACUGGAACGUAGUGGCCGUGUACCCAAGUUCGGCAGUUACAAGUACAGCGCGCGUGCUCUCACCGAGAAGGGUGUGCUGGUGUCAUGGAGUGGCAUCAACGACUUUGAGAAGAUCAACAUGACCAUCUCAUGUGACGAAGUAGGUGUCUUCAGCCUUGAGGGUUCGCGAGGACACAUCCAGAUCCCCGGAGCCAGUGCUCUGGUGCCCAUUGAGGACCUCUUGCAGGCUCAGUUCGAGGCGCAUCAGUUCAUGACUCUCUUCGAGGGCAGCCUCAAACUCAAUGUUAAUCUGCUGCUGCAUCUCCUCUACAAGAAGUUCUAUAGAACUCAGUAA